AUAGCGAUUGUGGACUUGAACGAUUGUUAGUCACAUAAGCGCCCUCUGAAGUUAUGUUUGAAACUCUGUGAAUUUUAAUACUCAAACUUUUUUUUUAGUGUAAAAUCGCCGUGAAUUCGCCCAAUAGUUGAUAUGACGAAAAUACACAAAGAAACAAAAGCCGGAUGGACGGAAGAGAACAAACUUAAAGAUAAACAAUUGCCGAAAGGAUCAAGGCAAACCGGUGAGAAAGAUAAGAAAUCGAAGAUGAAGCUUCUCAAAAAAAGGGAAUAUCAACGUUUAAGGUCUAUGGUACCAUCCAUUGCCACAAAUCCUCACGUCUCAAAGGUAACGGUGAUAGAAGAGGCCAUCAGAUAUAUCGACCACCUCCACAGUGCCCUGAUCGUAAAAUUAAGAAAUCGAGGCCUGCCACAGUGUUUACAAGGAUCUUCUAUCGACGUAAACCAAUUGGGGCAAUCUGAAAUCCGAGAACUCAUACGCCACUUGGUGGUGAACCCGACGAUGCCCGUGCCUCAGCGGUGGAUGAGGGAGAGGAACCGUCACAUCCCAUCUUACCACCUCACGCGCCACAGAAAGCUCUUGUAAAUCAGCAUGCACCCAUCCAUCCAGUUCUCUGUGCCUAGAUCAAUUUUCGGGACGAGCCAUCCAAGACUUGGAAGUGAUGCGAAACAGGGGAGAGAAAGAGAAUCCACCCCCCGAAAUUAUUAAUAUUAUAGUCGCGAAGUGUAGUUUGGGUGAUUUUAUUAAUUUUUUGGGGGCUCCUUUUCGAUGCAGGUCGGCCCCUUCCUGUACCAAACGCUUCUACUAUGGGAUAUGGGCGAAUUUUUCCCCAUUAAUCUAUGUAAAUAGCCCAAAAAAAAAUUUAUAAACAUGUACAGAUUUAUAGCUAACGUGUGAAUUUUUUUUUUUUUUAUAUAUAUAUAUUU